GGAGUCAAUGAAAAAAUGUGAUCCUGUUUGCAUUAACACAGCCAAAAAAAAAACUUCAUGAAAAGGAAAAACAUAACGAUGCGCAGGGUUAACGCAAACGCACUGAUGCACAAUCAUCUGUCACUGUUCCUGCAGGAGCACAGAAAUACAGCUCAGCAUCUGAACACCUGUGGAGGAGGAGGAAGCAGAUCAACAGGUUUCUCUAUUCAAGAUCCUGUCAAACAGACACUCCCACACACACACACACACACACACACACACACACACACACACACACACACACACACACAAGCUGUAAGAGCAGGUGAGACAAAAACGCAGCGUUUAGACACAUCCCACAGCAGGAGGGUGAACACACACACACUGAAACUCACAGACGGCAGAGGAGACGGUAAUGCAGGAGUUUCUGAGGGUCUCCUGAGGGUCUGUGGAGCUGCAGAUUCAGAUUCUUCAUCUCAGCUGGCGGGUGAGGAUGGAGGGCGUUCUGGAGACUGCGCUGUCUGUGUGUGUGUUCAGACUGAUGAUCAGUGUAUUGUUGUGUCCAUCUAUACUCACACACAGCACCACUGCGGUCAGUCUGUGCUGCUGCUGCCUGGUUCUCUUCACAGACCUCGCCGUCACCUUGUUCCUGCUCUACAUGUGGCUGGUGGAGUUCUGGACGAUUCCCUUUUCAGUGUCCUCAGACGUCAUUGGCCUGCGCUUCCUGCUGUUUCUGUGUCAGUCUUAUGCAGUGGUGCUGCUCUUAACACCUCCUCUGAUGGCUGUGGAGAUGCUGCUUCAUAUGCUGCAGCCUCAAAACGCAGGUCAAUCCCACCACAAGCAAUGCCUUUCUAGGAUCAUCGGCUUCUUGGGAUGUUGUCUAGCAUGGACGGUGAGCGCGCUUUACUGCAGCCAUGACUGGACGCUGGAACGGAUGUCUGUGGAGGAUUGUCUGAAGAAAGAAGGAUGGCUUGUGUUGUGCCUUCCCCAUUUUGAUGACUUAUACAGCGCUCUUCUUGCACUGGUGGUCCUGUUGAGUUUGACAGGGGGUUUAAUCGAGAUGAAGGCGUCCCGUAGAACACCUCAAGAUGACAUCAAGCUUAUGCAUACGUCACUAACUCUGGUAGAGUGUGAAAAGGCCGCCGGCAGCUGUGCUGUUCACAGGGUUGGGUUUGUGUACAGUGAGCCGCGAUGGUUGUGUCCUCAGAAUGAUGCGCUGUGCCCUGAACAAACCAGUUUGACAGACGGUUACAUCCAGAAACAAAGGCAAUCAGCCGGCCGUGCUGUGUUUGCGCAGUCUAAAAGUGAUCUUCUGCUUGAGGUCUCAUCACUGCUGUGUAAAACAGAUCAGCGGAUCUCGAACUGCACACACUGCCGCCUUCAUAAAAGGGAAAGUCCCUGCUUGGGGCCAGAAAUGUUCACAGGGUUGGUAUGCGUGGCUCUGCUUUGCUGUUUUCCCACAGUCGUCAGCAGUAAUGUUCUUCUAAUCUUUAACCUGGAGAAGCUGGUGGCGUACAGUUUGAAACUCUUAUCUCUGUCAGUCAACAGACGCCCGCUUCUGUAAAUGAUGUUGGAAAAAAAACUCUGAAUGACCUCUGACACUGGAUCUGUUUUGGAAUUGAAGAAACUGGAUUAUUAAAAAGAAAAUUUACACAAAAAAA